AUGCACCUAGAUGAUUGGUAGAAGUUAAAAUCUCACAAAUGCCAAAAUUAUGGUUUUUUUCUAUUUUAACUUUGUGAUUUUCCUAGAAAGAGCCAUUUGUUAAAGCUUCAUUUAUGUGUUUUAAUUAGUUUUAUUAUUUGAUUUUAUUUUUUUAACUUGUAGAAUAAAUAUAGGAUAUAUUGUUAAUUUUAAUUGUCUGAAGUUAAAAUACUUAGCAUAUUUUUUUAUUAUUAAAAUAUAAAAAAUUCUUCUGCCUACUAACAAAUCGGCACUCGGCAGCUGACCUGAAGGGGGGACAAUAGUUUAGCAAGUAGACACAGACCAGGGGGAGCCACAAGCUGGGCUCGAGUGGCAAAGGCCUCGCUCCGCGCACGUGUGUGCCACUUCCCUUCCACGUCUUGGUGGCCAACCGGUUGUGGGGCAAGGAGUGCCUAUACAAAUGUGCGCGUGCGAGGGCGGACCACCUUAUUGCCUUCUCCCAAGAUGAUCUUGGGCAUUAUUUUCUUUCAGGAGAAGGGAUCUCUAAUGAGAGAGAAAUUUUGAUUUAUAUUCAGCUUAAAUGAUGGCAAACUUCUGAUGUGGGACUAACCAUUUUCGUCUAUUUCAGCACAACCAUAUAAAGCACGAUGUAAUCUAGUGGUAUUCAAUGAGCCACGUCAUCAAUUAGCCCAAUCAUGCGGCUGGUGAAUCACCACGAUACUAGAUGCGUAAAGCGAACCAUCGACAGUUUACGAAAUUCAACGCUGCUCAGCAUGCAUGUGACCUUAAAAGAUGAUCUGACGACUAUGGAGGCACCAUAGUACUGAGAACUUAAGUUCUCGAUCGGUAGCAGUUCACAGCAAGUUGAUCCUAUGUCGCUCAGCAUGCCGUGUACCAAGCUCAUCUAAUCUAGCGGCUCUUGAAGCACCAUGAUACGGGGAACUUAAGUUCUCGCACAUAUCACUGUCAAAGAUAUAAAGAUAAUAAUUGAUUAUUGUCUAAUAAAAUAGAUAUUAUUGAUUAUUUUUAAAAUCCCGAUGGUAGUCACGAAUACGGCAAUCCGUUCUUCCCUCCUUUUGCGCGAUCGACAUCUUUGAUGAUCGACAAGCUUCUUCUUCCUCCCCUAACUGCACUCAAGGCCUUCGAUGAGUGGUUAGCUCUUCCCUUCUCCCCCACAACGACAGUGACAGCAUGGUCGACCCCUCUUUCAGUGGAUCUUUCUGACAAGCAGCGCAGCACUUUUAAAGGAUACUUCUGCAACUUCUGACGUGGUGUGACAUAUCCAGACGAAACCAAGACACCACACUGGUGUCUCCAGUUGUCCAAGAGGAAGACUAAACUUGGGCAACAAUUUAUUUCCUAUUUUCAGUAUUUAUUUACCUACUUUUGUCAUUUAUUCAUAUUUUACGGCAAGUUCUUUCCAUUUCAUGCACAUUUCGAUUGAAAUGAGUAGAACUAAUUCAAAACUUGAUGAAUGAUCUUCAUUCUUUUUUUGAAUCCUCUAAGACUUAUCUAAGAUUAAGCUAAGAUCAUUUCCAAUUGAUUUUUUAUUGAUUUUUGCAGUCGAAUCUCAACAUAUUCAUGUUCUCGGUGUUUUACAAAUAAUAAGUAUUUUUCUAUUUUUGAAUACGAAAUCACCAAGAUUAAAGGUUGA